AUGUGUAAUGAGUUAAAUUUAGUUGUAAUAGCAUAUAAAAAACAACUAGAAAUUAAUUAUCUUAAUGAUGAGGAAUGGGAAGUUGUAGAUAAUAUAGUUGAAUUGUUAGAGUCUAUACUCAUCAUAACAAAAUUAUUAUUCUCAAGCUCAUAUCCAACUGUUUCUGAUAUAAUGAAGCAAAACAAUGGAGCAGUAUAUAAUAGCAGAUCUAAGCUAAAUAAAUAUUGGUCCAUAUUUGAAGAAUCAACUACAAUUACAACAAUUCUUGACCCUUCGUCUAAGCUUUUGAUUUUUCCUGCUAGUGAUAAAAAAGAUACUGCCCUUACUAGUCUAAGAAAUACCAUAGCUCAUUAUAAUUGGGCUGAAAAUAAGUAUAAAUUUCUAAUACUUGCAAAAAUGGCACGUAACUUUCUUUCAAUUCAAGGAACAAGU